AUGUAAUUAACCCAAACCAUACUUUAUUGCCCAUUUGCCCAAUCGGUGUGUCCACCAGAACCCGACUUGAGGUUUUCGAUUUUGAUGGAAGAAGAAGAAGAAGCCGCUGCAAAGGUGCCACUGCCAGACGCAUUCCUCCACUUCCUUGAGGCCAAUGGCCUGGACCCUUCCAUUUACACUGCAGUCGAUUCCACUCCGCGAUUCAUUAGGUUGAAACCCGGUUGCGACGCUUGCAUCAAAGAGGUCGAAACACAGCUCAAAUGCAAACUCCAAAGAUUACAAUGGUUACCGGCCUUUUACUCUCUUCCACCCCACGUUCAAAUUGCUGCCUCCAGGGCAUACAAAGAAGGCAAGAUAUAUGGAAUUGAUGCAGCUUCUGGAGCUGCUGUUAUGGCUUUAAAUAUAUCAUCCGGGGAUCAUGUCCUCGACCUGUGUGCUGCACCUGGUGCUAAACUUUGUAUGAUACUGGACCUUCUUGGUGAUUCAGGCUCUGUAACAGGAGUAGAUGUUGCAAGGCACCGUUUGGCAGCAUGUAGGACGAUGCUGCAAAAGUAUAUGAUUGGUGAUCGAUGCCGGCUUUUUGUUGCUGAUGGAACAGCAUUUUCAGUCAUUCCUAGCAGAUUUCGUUCUGAAUGUGAAUCAUGUGUGUCUGGAUUGGAAGGAAGAGUUGAUGUGUUCAAGGGGUGGACAUCUAGAAGACCAUGGAAAGAGAGAAAAAGGGCAAAUAAAAGUGGUACAGCACAAUUGGUGUCUAGGUUUCAGCCUCCGGAACUCAUAUAUUAUGGACAACAGUCUGGAGUGGUUGGUCUUACUAAAGGAGAAUUAUUUCAGACUUUAUCCGACAAUGAGAUUGCAAACCAUGGUUAUGACAAGGUACUUGUAGAUGCAGAGUGCACUCAUGAUGGUUCAGUUAAACAUAUUCAAAAGUUUGAACAUUGGGGCUGGAGAACUCUUCAACAACGUGUACUAGAUGCUGAGAGGACUGAUGACUUGCAUACUCUUCAGCUGAAUCUCCUCACAAAUGGUUUCAGACUGCUAAAAGUUGGAGGGUCCCUUGUCUACAGUACUUGCAGCUUAACUGUUGCUCAGAAUGAAGAUGUGGUGGAACAAUUCUUGAAGGAAAACAGAACUGCUGGGCUGACAGAGAUAGAUGCUGUCAGAAAUUGGCCUGGCAAGGGUGGUCGCAUACCAAAAACAUGGCGAUUUGACCCUUCAACAUCACAAACUAGUGGACUCUUUGUAGCAAAGUUCACAAAAGUAGUCAUUUGAUCCUUUUCCGUUAGAAAAUAUUAUUUUUAAAUGCCUGAUACUUUUAGAUGUACUCCUAAUACAUGAGAUAGUUUGUUACGUUAGAUAAUUCUUUUAUUUAACCACUAGAGUAGGCUUAAUGGUGGAGAGUUGGAAUAUGUACAGAGUCAUAGAUUUAGAUGUUGUUUUCGUCAUUUUAAUUCUAACAGAUUGAAAAAAACAUUAUUGAGAUAUUUGUCAGUUUAGAAGUCUAGAUACUAGUAAUUUUGCAUUGGUUGGUUUGUUUGCUAGUGUGGACUAUUUCUGGGUGUGGAUGAAUGUCAUUUGAAGGAUUCAUAUGGUGGGUUUCUUAUGUCUGUGAUUUUUAUGAAUUGAAACAAUUGCAUACCAACAUAUUCUUA